CCUGAGCGCCAUGGGCUGCGCGAAGAGCAAGAAGUUGAAGGCGGCCGCCCGCUCCCCUUCGGAAGUCAGCAGCCGCAGCCGCCCUGGCAUCCCAUUGCCAGCUAAGGAUCAUCUCCCUAGUCAACCCUUGCCAGAAAACCCAGCCACUGGUGUGAGUGGCCCCUCAGGGUCCAGCGGCCCAGGCGUCUCGGACCCCAGAGCCCGGCUUAGGGCCUAUAUAGACAGCUACCCUGUAGUCAUCUUCAGCAAGUCCACGUGCAAGCGCUGUGCUGAGGUGAAGAAGUUAUUUAAGUCGAUGUGUGUUCCUUAUUUUUUGCUCGAACUUGAUCAAACAGUGUGAUCUGGUACCCGGAGAGGCUGCAGGAUCACAGAGUACUUGUGAUCGCAUGUUGCAAAGGUGUUUUCCUGAUAGAACAAAGUGGUGAGUAAGGAAUUCACAGCUGUAA